AUGUCAGAAAGAAAAGCCAUUAAUAAAUAUUAUCCUCCAGAUUAUGAUCCAUCAAAAGUAGUACGACAAAAGAAGAAUAAAAAUGUUAAUCAAACUAUAAAGAUUCGUAUGAUGGCGCCAUACUCAAUGAGGUGUCUAAAAUGUAAUGAAUAUAUAGCAGAAAGAAGAUCAUUCAAUGCAAGAAAAGAAACUACUGAUGAAAAAUAUUUAAAUAUAAAAAUUAUAAGAUUUUAUAUAACGUGUCCUGGAUGUAAUAAUACAAUAUCAUUCAAAACAAACCCUGCAGAAGCUGGUUAUACCCCAGAAGAAGGAGCUGUUAGAAAUUUUGAACCAUCAAAAAAGAAAAGAAAACAAGAAGAAACUGAUGAUGAAUUACUAAAAAGAUUGGAAAAUGAAGAUAUUGAAGAUAAAAAAUUUCAAUUAUUACAAAAGAAAAGACAAAAGAAUCCAUUUUGGAAAGAACAAGAUGAUUCAAAAGGUGAUGUUAUGGAAAAAUUCGAAAAAAGAUUAAUUGAACAACAAAAACAACAACAAAUAAAUGAAGAAUUGGAAGCGAUUCAGAGGCAAGUAGAAUUGAAGAAAGAAGAACCCUUGGAAGAACUAAUAACAAAAGAAAAUUCAUCAUCUUCACCGCCAUCAAAACCUACAAUUGUGGAAAAAGUAAUAGCAAAAGAAAGUUCUUCAUCUUCACAACAAAAACCUACAAUUACAUCAAAGAUAAAACUUACUAAAAAAAAAUUCAUGUCAAAUUUAAACUAUUCAUCAGAUAGUGACUAA